AUGGGACAAAAUUUUACUGGCGCUGAUGUGGAUUUCCUUACCUUCUCGGAUGAGUAUUCAAAAAUGGCCAACGUCGACGAAUUCCAAGUCCUUCAUGAUGAGGAGCUGGGUGAAGGAGAUCAACGUGGAUUGAAAGUGUUGUACAAUGCUGUCCAGAAUCAGCCGAACAUCAACAAUUUCUUGAACUCUCCAGAGGACAAGAGAUAG